GCAGUGAUCCUUUGAGUGAGCCAUUUUUAUAUUCAUUUUCACGGGAAAGAAAACGAAAACAUCAUCAUGCCUGCAGGAGAAGAGCCCAAUGCCGCCUGGCCCAUCGCCGACGAGGCCUUGACCCAGAACUUGCUGGACCUUGUCCAGCAGGCUUCUCACUACCGCCAGUUGAAGAAGGGUGCUAACGAAGCCACCAAGACCCUCAACCGCGGAACUUCCGAGAUUGUCAUCCUGGCUGCCGACACCUCUCCCCUGGCCAUCCUCCUUCACCUGCCUCUGCUUGCUGAAGAUAAGAACAUUCCGUACGUGUACGUCCCCAGCAAGCUCGCCCUGGGCCGUGCCACCGGUGUCUCCCGUCCUGUGAUCGCCGCCAGUAUCACUACCAACGAGGCUAGUGACCUUAUGGGCCAGAUCCGCACCAUCAAGGACAGGGUUGAGCGUCUCAUGAUCUAAGGGAAUAUAUGGUUGAUGAUGGGUCUUUUGGUUUUGUUGUCUAUGUCGCUGUUUUGGGGUAUAGGCGGCAAGGCUGGUAGAAGGCCUUUGCUCCAAUUGGAUUGAAUCUUUCCCAUAAAUUCUCCGUGCGUUACGUAUAGUCGGUGUACUUCUUCGUACUCGUAUACAAUACUUUGCUUGUAUACUUGACCCGGUUCAUCUACCUACGGGUCAAGUUACACAUAGUUGUACAACUUUCUUGAAAUAACGCAAAAAGAACACAUGAAUCAAAGCCACCAAUUGACAACCAACAUAGUCAAAGUGCAAAAACAGAUAGGCU